AAACCACAGCGGCUCAGAACUUAGCCGUGUUCCCCAUCAUCAUGGCCGAACUACAAUAUUGAGUGCAACGAAAGUAUACAAUCGAUUGGACUAAAGCUGAAUGAGCUCUGGCAGUCCAACUUUGCUUCUGCAGUUCCGUUUCAACAUCGUCACCUCAAGAUGCUGACGACCGAAAACAUCACCGAAAACGUUCACCUCAUCAACUCUACCUGCCCGGAUGGUCGUCUAAGGUUCCUCUUGGAGCGACUCGUGACACACCUACAUGAUUUCGUACGCGAGACUCGACUCAAUACUUCAGAAUGGGAAGCUGCGAUCAAGUUUCUUACUGAAGUCGGUCAAAUCAGUAGUGACGUCCGACACGAGUUCAUCUUGCUAUCCGAUAUUCUUGGAUUGUCGCUUCUAGUUGACUCAAUUGAUCACCCAAAACCGCCUGCGUCAACGGAAGGGACUGUCUUAGGCCCUUUUCAUCAUUCUCAUGCGCCCCAUCAACCACAUGGUGCGAGCAUCAUCCACGAUGAAGAUGGCGAUCCUAUGCUUGUCAUCGGCACAGUCAAAGACACGCAUGGAAAUCCUAUUUCCGGGGUCCGGGUGGAUGUCUGGGAGACAGAUUCGAACGGCUUCUAUGAUGUCCAGUAUGAGGACCAUACAGGUCCAAAUGGGCGAGCCGUGAUGGAGACUGAUGAGAACGGCGAAUUCUGGUUCAAUGCUGCAGUACCAGUUCCAUAUCCCAUCCCACACGAUGGACCAGUUGGCAAGCUACUCCAAAAGCUAAAGCGGCAUCCGUACCGACCUAGUCACUUCCACUUCAUGUUAGAGAAGCCGCAUUAUGAUCGACUUAUCACUGCACUUUACAGACGCGGUGACCCAUACGAGAAGACUGACGCUGUCUUUGGGGUCAAAGAUACUCUCGUCAUAGAUCUAUAUACUGUUGCGGAUAUCGAAGGAUUGGCAGAAAAAUACGGGGUUUCGCCCUCCACCAAAUUGCUCAAAUACGACUUUGUUCUUGUGUCAGAUGAUGAGGUCAAAACUCUCAGACACCGCCUGGCAGAGCAGGCCUUGCAAGAGUUGGAUCUUCCAGGGAUCGUGGUGAUCAAUGGGAUGCUUGUUCCCGAGUGCGAUUGA